AUGUUCAUCUCGGCUCAUGCGCGUUACCUCGACUUUGGCGGAUUCGGGCGCGACCUUCUGCUCAUAUCCGUUCUGUUUGCAACCGUAACUCCGGCUGUAAGCGGCAUUCGGCACCAGGCGUGUGGACACGACUCCUUUUGGACGCCGUCCAGCCUGGGUAGGUGUGGAUUCCAACGGCAACUCUGCACCAAGGAUGCCUACAUACCGCCACCAGCGUAUCGCAACUUCGUAGAUCAGGGAUGGCGCGGCACCACCUGGGAAUACGGCGCAUCCGCCGAUAAGGAGGUCAGGAUUCACGGGCUUCGCAGCACCCCCGAUGGAGCGGCAUUCGGCAAUGUCUCCUUUAGCGCAGGCCCAAAAUUUCCGUCGAGCCAAGCGUAUCAAGCGCCCAUCGGGCAAUACAGCUACUCGGGUUAUUACGUUAACGAAUACGACAGCGGGGUAAGGCCGCAUGCCAACCGAUACGCAUACCGGUCGUUCAACGAUGGGACGCAAGGCGGGUAUUCCUAUGCGAACAUGCGCAACCACGCGUAUGGGCAUCCUCCAUUCCCCGGUAAUUCGUAUCAAACCCAGGUGUCGUAUGAUCGCGCAGUUGGAUAUGGUGCGUACCACUCAUACCCGGGCUAUGAUCGCCACCGCGGCCCUGCUACCCGCUACGGAAUGCAAAAGUGGCACUCGUCGUCAGGAUUCCCCAACAAGAGGCCAUAUCACCCGGGCAUGGCGAGGUUCUCGCCAGCGGCGGAUGGGCGGCAUGCGCCCUUCGAAGCAACUAGGGAUACGCGCGCCAGAGGCGGCGUGUAUGGUAGUGAGAAUGUGAGAGAGUUCUCAGCCGACGACGAAAAGGAGCAAUACGGAGAGUCUGGGCUCACAAACAGGGAGUACUUCUGCUCGUUUCGUGUGUACAAUCAGCUGACGUGGAUGAACGACUUCACACCACACGAGGAAUGGCCGGGCGUGUCGAAACUGAAGCACGGGGAGGUGUUCAACGUCAUGAUUCGUCAUUGGAUGACACCGGUGCGUGCUGUUGCCCUGUCGCUUGACAAGAUGGCCGAGUGCUGCCUGGUUGCCGACGGCAUCCCCCCUGAGCUGUCGACCCCGACGGUGAAAACGCAUUUCAAGGCCGACAAGAUCGUGCAGGUGAAGCUGAAAUGGCCGCAGGAGUUUGACGACAAGGGCAGGCCCCUUGUGGUGAUGCAUUUCCCGAAUGGUGACCCACCGGCGUCGUACAGCGCCGGCGACCUCGCGUGGAGCAUCCCGCUGAUGAUCAACGGCAACCAGGCCAUCAUGAAGCUCGAAGACAGCAACCAUGUCGCGCUGAUGUACCUCUGCGAGUUGGGUGCGCCCUUGAUCGACAACAAGCGUUACGGUUUUGCGGAUUUCCUGGGAAAAGGCGAACGGAUCCAGUUGCAGAUCACGCAUACGCCGCAUCAUCCAGAUCAUAUCACCUACCGUGCGUGCGUGCCGUGGGCGUCGCCCAAGAGGCUGGAGUGGGCCCGGAAGUUUCCUGAAAUAAAGGAGAUGCUCGCGCCUUGCGAGUACAACCGCAACUUCUUGAAUGUUAUUGCUCGCAGCCCCGCAUAUCGUAACAUGAGUUUCGGCAACCCAGAGAUGCCGCCGUCCGAUUACAAGCCAGAGCCGCAUGGCAGCAACCAGAAGGACAUCUACUCGUUUCUUCCCACCGCGGAGAAGCCGCUCAGCAUCAGCGAAUUCACCAAAAGCAUCGGCGGCAAGCUCAAAGACGUGCUCAGGUACCUCCUGCUGCAGACUAAAUCGCCCGUGGACCCGAACACGCCCAUACCCGUGAACCUGGCCAAGACGAUCUACAACUUCGUGUCUGGCCGUACAGAGUUCAACGACAUCGACACGUAUGCGAGGGCGUACGAGAUCGACCAACUCAAGGAGAAGAGCAUCGUCGUUAGUCUGGAGAGACCGCCGGUCGUUGUGCUGAUGGGCCACAUAAACCACGGCAAGACAGCGCUGUUCGACAUGCUGACUGGCACCUGUAACGUCGAGAAGGAGCCCGGGCAGAUCACGCAGAUGGUCCGCACGCACAGCCUCACGGGCGAACGUGCGAUGACGCUCAUCGACACGCCCGGCCACGAGGUGUUCGACGCCAUGCGCAGGUGCGGCGCGACCAUCGCCGACAUCGCGCUCGUAGUGGUGGACUCGACGGAGGGGCUGAUGAAACAGACGCGCGAGUCCAUCAACCUGUGCAAGCAGCUCGGCAUCCCGUUCAUCGUGGCCGCCACGAAAUGCGACCUGCCGAAUGCGCGCAACCGUGCUGAGGAGCUGGCGCUGCAGCUGAGUGAAGAGGGCGUGGUGAUCGAGGGUCUGGGUGGCGACAUUCAGUUUCUGCAGGUGUCUGCAAAGGAAGACACUGACAGCGCGAAGCAAUCGAUCGUCGACGCCAUCAUGCUCCAGGCUGCUGCCAGUGACGACCACGUGGUAACGGAGUCGCCCGGCACCAUCGGGAGGGGCUACAUUCUCGACUCUGGCAAGGGCAACCGCACCCCGCCGUUCUGUCUGGCCAUCGUCAAGCAGGGGAAGAUCGCCAAGGACAGCUACUUCGUGUCAGGCAAAACCAUCGCAAAAAUUAAAGGUCUGAAGACGCACGCGGGCAAGCGCGUCACCAGCGCCGUGCCAUCUCAGGCGAUUUUGGUGGAGGGUUUCGAGGACGGAAUCCUGCCGACCCCAGGCGACUCGUUUGUUGUCUACACCGACGAGGAAAGCGCGCGCGUGUUAACUGACGACAAGAUCGACACUGAACGGGAACAGGUGGCGGCGACCGAACUGCAGCGCAUAAUAUACGAGGGGAUCGAUGCGCUGGCUGGACGUGCAACCGAGGACACCACAGUCAAACGCGUGCCAGCGCUGGUAAAAGGCGCGACACAGGGCCUGGUGGACGCACUGAAGCACGCGUUAUCCGCCUUGAAUGUCCAGGGCAUGAUGAGCACUGCGGUGUACGAGAUAGUGGAGGCGACGGCAGGCCCGAUAUACCAGUCGGACAUAACAUCGGCCUAUGGCGCUAAUGCGGUGAUCCUCGCGCUAGACAGCCCACUGAGGGUGGAUGCGAAGAGUGACGCCAAGAAACACAACGUCACGGUCGUCAGCAGUGAGGUUAUCUACGACCUGAUGGAGAAGGCUCGCGAGCUUCUGGCGCAGCGCCUCGGCGACCGGCUGCUGACUACGCCGUACGGCAGUGCGCGGGUACUGAAGGUGUUCGACGCAGCGAAGGUACGGCUACCGAGUACAGAACCAUAUACAGCGCUUCAGAAUGCCAAGGCUGCUGGUUGUGUCGUCCUCAAAGGCAGAAUCCCCAAGAACAGCGCCAUCCGCGUUCUACGCAACAACAGGCCGGUAUACGCGGGUAAAAUAGCGUCGCUGAGACACACAACGGACAGUACCGAUGAGGCGGUUGAGGCGCAGUCGUGCGGCAUGACGUUCGAGGGGUGGAACGACGUGCAGGUCAACGACGUCGUGGAGGCUUAUGAGCCGUAG